AUGACAUUUCAGCUGCUCCUGUCAUUUGUUCUUCUAAUAAACACAGGAUUCAGUUCUGAUAUCUCUGUGUUUGUGCAGACAGGAGAUUCAGUUCAACUGGAUAUACAGGCACAACUACCAGAAUUUGAGGCUGUAUAUUGGACAAACAAAAAAUCUGAUUCUAUAGUUAGAUAUCUUACUGAAUCCAAAAAAGUAACAUGUCACACUUCUUACAAGGACAGAGUGGACUUCAAUAAUGAAACCUUCUCUCUGACACUGAAGAAUAUGCAGAAGGCAGACAGUGGACUCUACACAGCAAAAAUAUUUGGAGAAACAAACAAGGAUAUUGUUAAGUACAACAUUUAUGUUAUUGAUGAAGUGGAAGCUCCAGUUCUGACUGUAAACUCAAACUGCUCCAGUUCUGAGCUUUGCAGCUUUACAUGUAGUGGACAAAACACGAAUAUUAGCUCCAUCUAUAACAGUAGCAGCUGUCCUGAGGAGGAAGUGACAUCAGCUGAUGACCACACCCUAAGACUUAACUGCAAUGCUACGUUCAUCAUGUGUAACUACAGCAACCCACUGAGCUGGAAAACUGAUAUUAAGAAAGUCCAUGAACUGAUAAGCAAAGUUUAUCCAGACAAAAGAAAAUCUGAAGAGUCACAUGUGCUUACCAUUUGGUUGAUUGUUAUUUUCCUGGUCAUUUCCUUGGGGUUGUUUGUGGUGAUUGGCAGCUGUGUUUACAAAAGAAGAAAAGGUGCCGAGAUGAAUGUACAAACAGUCUAUGAAGACGUUGAUGAGAACAAGAAGCCACAAAAGUCACCAGAGAUGUUGGAACAAACUGAAAAACCUGUCACAGUUUAUCAUACUAUUGGAGAAAAACCUGACCUUCCCAUCAGAACCAACACCACACAUAACAACAACACCGUUGAUCAGACUCCAUCAAUCACAGAAAACAGCAAGUCUGCUGGUCCAGCCACUAUUUACUGCACCAUUGAGAAGCAACCAGACCAGCCUAAACCUGAAACAGAUAACACCAUUUAUGCUAUGGUCAAAAAGCCAUUACCUGGGUUUGAAUCUCCAAAACUACACUAAAAGUGACCUUUUAAAAAAAUCGGAACCAUUACUGAUCAAAAUGACAUUAGAAAUAUUAUUAUUAUUAUUAUUAUUA